AUGUCAUCUACCACUUCUCAGAAACCUAUCCAAUCCGAUGACCAAGAACCGCAAUAUUAUUAUUCAGGAAACCAACGUUAUACUUCAGUUGCUUCUCAAGUCACAAAAUCAGUCGAGCUUGGACAGAAUUCUCAUUCUGAUGAAGAUGAUCACGCGGACGAAGAUGAAGAUGAUGAAGAUGAUGAGUUGUAUAUGACGGAUGCUCAUAGCGCUCUCCAACAUCAACAACAACAGCAACUCAUUCAGCAAAGGCAACAACAGCAACUCAAUCAACAAAGGCAACAGCAGCAAGCUGCUCAAUCUCAAUCCAACGACCCACAAGAAACUACCAAUGGGAUGGAGAUCGAUGACGAAGGCGAUCGUGCAAGUGACUCGAGCUUUAGUGAUUCGGUGUCGAUGAGCUCUAGCCCUAGUAUUCCUAGCUCUGACGAUAUUGACUUCACCUUGGUCUACGCGCUUCACACCUUUCUGGCUACCGUGGAUGGUCAAGCUUCGGUGGUUAAGGGGGACCAGUUGACACUACUGGAUGAUUCAAACUCCUAUUGGUGGUUGAUUCGAGUCCUCAAAACUCAGGCUGUAGGAUAUAUACCUGCUGAAAACAUCGAAACGCCAUUUGAACGCCUUGCCCGCCUCAAUAAGCAUCGAAAUGUGGACUUGUCAUCCGCUACUCCAAAUGACCACAUCUCGGGCCCAGGCUCAUCUCUAGCUCAGACUCGCUUUGCACUACGAAUCCCAAGCGCUGGUGACCCAGUACGUUCGAGGUCACCACAAGAUGCUCGUAAAGGUCCUCUCCCCCCUGCUAUGCCAGGACCUGGCACAUUCUCUCCCCCUCCUGUUGCACCUGCACCUGGUACUGGAAAAGGCAAAACAGUGGCCUUCACCGCUCCAACAUACUUUGAAAACAGUGGCAACGAAUGGAGUGAUGAUGGUGCUGGUGAAACAGGCGACGAAGAAAUGUCUGGGGACGAAGAGGAGGGCGAGGAGGGUGAUUGGGAUGGCGAAGGCGAAUUCGGUGAAGAGGGUGAGGAGGGCUUUGAAGACGAAGAAGAAGAAACUGAAGAUGAGGAUGAGGAUGAGCAAGAAGGUACGAUUUGCACUACUGACACUUCCCGCUCACAGCUUGGUCCUGAAAUCAUAUCUGGCCGCAAAGGUGACAGACAAGGACCUGAUGCUCAGCGGCAACUUGAAGAUCAACUCACUCAAGAACACAAGCAACAGGCUCAGCUCCGGCAACAGCACCAGCAACAUUCAACACAAGACUCACAGACGGACGAGAGUUCGAAAGGUACUGGCACAAGUGGCUGGGCCAGACUUCGACUGGCUGCCAAAGCAUCUGCUGACUCUUUACGGGGCGCCAAUUCACAUAAAGAUGACGGUCGAAGUCAAUUAGGCAAAGGAAUUUCCCCUGCUCAACGCGGCCAGAUUGAUACCAGUGAGUCUAGAGACGUCACUCCUCAACAAACGAAUCGCCUAAAUAUCAUUAGUACUGCUGUGACCUCCGACACUACUGCUGCUUCGAUUCAACCUUCAGCCAGCACCCCUCAGUCAAAACAGACUACCCAGAACCUUCAAAAGAAGAUGAUGAAAGCCUUUGAGGAGGCUGUCCCAGAUGACGAUCUGAAAUUGAACCCAAACUCCUUGGUGAGCGGGGAGACCAAGAAAUUGACCUUGACACCCGACAUAGCACGCGACUCGCAAGAAAGCCAACAUGUGGACGCUCAGUCGAUACCCUCCAAUAUUCCUCAUCUCACACGACAAAGAUCUACUUCAGGAUCGACAUCAGAAGCCAGUACCAGCUUGCGUAGAUUUACCCCGACAGACCCGCGCAUCCAUGAGGAAGAUGAACAGCCCAUUGCUUCCAUCGAAGGGCCACGCGCCCAGUCAAUCGCUUCAAUAGCUUCCAAUGAUUCCUUAGGUGGUUCUGAGGAUGGUAAGAGCGGAUUUGGGAAACGCUUAGCUUCAAAGAAAGACAAAAGGGAGGAUGAGCCGGACGGUAAGAAGAAGAAGGGUCUUUUGAGUGGUCUAUUCGGGCGGAAGAAAGAUAAGAAGACCGCAAAAUCUACCAACGAGCAUAGUGACGAAGCGGAACGUGUCACUAGCAGUUCUCCCUCUAGUCUAUCUGACCAAUCGAUGAAUUCAAUGAACUCGCCACCCAUCGAAGGCAAUCUUGCCAGUGCGUCGGGCCCAAAUCGUCGCAUGCGAGCUGGUACCAGCGACUUGUUUUCUACUGAUGCUGCAUUGAAAAAGCAGCAAGUUGAAGCUCAGGAAGUCAUGUAUCGUCAAUAUGGCAUCUCCCGUACACCGUCCGAUUCCGCCAAUUCGACUACGUUCUCUGGUAAAAAUCCUGCCCUUCAGAUCUCGGCUAGUCAACCGAUGCAACCUUCGUCCCAAGCAGUUCCUGUCGGCCCACUUUCACCCUUGAGCCCGAUUGGCUCGUUGAACGGAUUAGGUUCUCCUCCCUUUGCCACAUCUCAACGGUUGAGGCCAGGCAGUCUGAUCGGUUCUCCAAGUGUACCAGGAAUGGAGGUUCCCAUGCUGAAUGUGCUAAGAAUAUUUGCGGGUGAGAAUGUAGAUGCUGAAGCCACCUUCAAAACUGUUCUGUUGAGUGAACAGACCACUACCACGGAACUAAUUGUACAAGCGAUGCAGAGAUUCCACCUGCCAUCUGACCCAGAAUAUCAGUCAUCUUACUAUCUCACAAUCAAAGAUGUUGUUAGCGGCGAAGAAAACAAGAUCGACGAAUCACAACUACCUCUCAAAGUAUUCGAGGCUAUGAACGAGGCUAUGGGUCAAGACAGCUUACUACUCCCGUCCGUCAAGCGUUCUUCGGUUGGCUCAAUAUCCUCGAUUAGCUCAAACCUAUCACUGAACCCAGCAAUCUCACGACUAGGCAUGAGUGACUUUAGUGAUGACUCAGCUGUCAAGUUCUACAUCAAUAGCUAUGGAACAGAGAAAGAAAAGGUCAUUCCAAAAACUAAGCCUCUCUCGUCCCGGAAGAAUGAUCGUGCAGGUGUUCUAGAGCCUAUUCAAGAAGACAUGGCCGUUUCCGGAGGUACAGAUGACAAUGCUUCGGACAAGGGCACCAUCAUUGCGGAUGGCGCCAUACGAUCUGAGCCAGUGGACUCCCGACUAUCACAGACAUCCAAUUCAUCAUCAUCUAGCUCUUCCACCACUGUUGAGCAAGGCCAAUCCAUCCUUUCACCCAUGGCCUCCCCUUCUCUGCGUUUUGCCAUGCGCAUCCAAAUUUACCCCAACGAUCUUCCAGAUGGUGUAGUGUUUGAUCCUCAAUCCAAUGCUAUCAUACCCAAGAUUGUGUUGAAUGAACGAGGAAAACGCAAUUCCUCCAAUUCCUCCGCUUCCUCCUACUCAGCAGUCAGCUUGACUAUGAGGGAAAAGAUUAUGUUAUUUCCUCGUAACAUCAAUGUGUCUGAGGCAAUCGAGCACACCUUGGACGCAUUCGGCAUCUCGGAAGGAGUUGUGGACGGGGGUGACGAUGUUGAGGAGAAGGUCAAGGCAGCUGUGCCGUUGAUCUCAAAGGUCUUGGAUGCAUAUUUAACCCCACCUGCAUUCCGACCACCUGAUCGAAGCUCUAAAGAAUCUCGCCGCCGGUCUCAAGAAGGUUCCUUUGUGUUUGGAUCCCUGCAAGAUAUUCUAAAUACAGAUCCUGUCUUCGUCCUUCGGCGUGCAUCACAUCAACACCAUCCCACCAGACGAGAGUCUAACAGAAGCUCUACAGGUUUAGCUGGAGCGGUAGCUGAUGAGCUCGGAUUGAUGGGUGCCAAGAAAUCUGCCUCAGGAGCCUCAAACAGAUUGUCCGGAAGUUCUUCACGCCCUGGAGGUGCUACGACCAGUCUAACGCGGCACAACGGGUCGCCAGCAGAGAUGAUGGCGGAUCGACGAGCAGCCUUUCUCUCUGCAACUCCCAAUUCGGACCAGGGUGUUGACAUCACUUUGAAUGAUCAUGCAACUAUCCGUAGCAAGCGUGAUAGCAGUGGGAAAUCCUUCCGCUACUCUUACAUUGACCCUGCCGGUACCGAGUUUGACAUUAGCGAACUGAUAGAAAGUGAAUGGAGUCCGACCCCUCAUCUCACACCAGCUGCUCAAACCCGGACAACUGAAGACGUACGAGCUCGUGUUGUUGAGAAAAGGCGACAACUCAGUCGUCAGAACGGAUCCUCAAGCCAAAAUUCCCUUAGCUCUAUGACAGAUGAUGGCUAUGCAAGUGCGCCAGAAUCACCGGUGAUGGCAGAUAGUCGCGUUGAAUCUCCUACUACCUUCAACAAACAUGAAGACGAACAAGCGAUCGAAGCUCUACGUCUCGCUCCACUCACAAUUGAUCAAGCUGGUUCCUCUGGCAAUCCGAAUCUUUCCACACUAAACGACACGAAUGAGGCAGGACAACCCAUAACUCGAGAUAACAAGCGCCAGGAUUUGUUAAUGGCGGCCUUGGACAAACGAAAUCUCUCUGCAGUGGCCCUCUCUCAAAUGCCAGAUGAGUCUAAAGAUAGUCCAACCCCUGGCUGUCCUCCCAUCAACGUAGAAUCACUUGAGAAACGGAUUGAGCGAGUACUUGCGAAAGUAAAGACAAAUCGGCAGAUCAGUUCAAAGACGCGCUCAAGCCAUUCACGAAAAUCUUCUUCCAUCUCCUCUUGGACUGAUCACAAUGCGAACUCGACCGUUGCACCUGCCAAAUCGCUGGACAAUAAGACACCUUCGGAGAACGCCAACUUGGCCUCUUCCCGUUCUCGUCUCAGUCCAACCCGUAAUGUGUAUUCGCCAUCAGGGGGUUCAACGACCGAUGCGCCAAAGGCCCCCAAUGCCGUAGGACUCGAUCACUCGCGAGCACCAUCUAUAGACCAGAUCUUAUCAUCUCAAGAGGCUGCUCAGACACAGUCCCAGGUUUUGCAAGCGUCCAUUAAUUCUAGCCGAUCCAACUCCACCACUGGGACCAACAGUCCGGUGACGCCCGUCACUGCGACAUCGCCAACUGGAGACAGCACUUACACACCUAUCUCCUCAGCUACGAGGGGUGUGGGAAUUGAUAGCAGACAAUCCACACAUCGGCAUCCCCUCCUCUAUCGUGAUGACUUUGGACUGGAUGUGUUGAUGAACUUGAUUAAUUACUCUGCAUUUCCGCAAGGAAACAGUACGAUUGGCCAUAUGCGGGAUAGAGCAGCUCGAUCAACGCCUAUCAACGAGGUCGGCACUCGAGUCAAAACACAUCCUAUCAAAACUGAUGGUACUGUUAAUGGGAUCUCGACGGAAGAAGUUGUGAAGGAGGACGAAGCGGAGUCGCAGAUGAUGAAGGAAUUAUUCGGACCGAUUCAAAACAUUGAAGAGGAUCCAAGUAUCUCUAAUGAAAUCAAGAGUUGGUAUCAGUCACCAUCAUCAAGCCAGUCACGUUCAGAUCAUGAGGUGAUAGGUCCAGAUGAAUCUGGUAGUGGGAGAUCGAAGCAGACAAUAAGUGAAAGUUUCAAUGUGCUAGAGGACCGCCUGGAUCAAUUAAUGCGGGAUGUGAUGAACAAUGCUUGAGAUAUAAGAAGGUCUGUAGGCUGCUGAUGCUAUGCUUAGGUCUAGUAGAUGUAUAUGUGAACUUUUUGAUUUUUCAACUUUAUAAUUUUCUUUUUUUGUUUGGUUUUUUGCGAUGGAUAAAUGAGUUUGUUUUCGGUUUUCCAAUACACUGCCUUUUUUGUGUGAUUUUAUAUCUUCUUAUCUUGAACUAGGAAUGAUGUUUCAAGAAGAUUGUUUUAUGAGAAAUGUUUCUUUUGUCUUUCUACAAAAAAUCUUGUUGUUUAUAUAUUAUAUAUCAUUCUUUGCAAGGAAUUAGGAGGGAUGGAUUUGAUGAUUGUUGC